GUGAGAUGUAGUCGCUCUUGGUACCGGGACCGGAUCUAGUUUCCGGUAAAUGUUGCCACGUAUUCGCGAUCUUUACCGACCCGCGUGGAAAUUGUGUGCGUAUUCAUGUGUUUGUGUGGGUGUACUUGUGAAAAGAUGUUGAGCAACUCGUAUUUUUUGCGUGUGAUUAAAUAUUCAAAAGGGCCCGUUUUCUUUUCGCAUCGCAUUGACAGCAGCGUUCGGUUCAGUGCAAACUUUUGAUAAAGGUUACCAAGUUACACAAUACACGCCACAUCGAUUAGAACCCUUUCCGCAACGCUCGGCCUCAGCUUGACCAUGGCUAGUCGAUAAACGUUGCGUUCAGUGCAAAGUUUUCUUUCAUAGAAUAUGUUGCGAAAGUGACAGAUACAUGGUCGACACGAGCCAACUAAAGCUAGAACCUAGAAAGUUUGUUCGUAAAACAUUUUUCCGGGGUAUCGGAGAGUUAACACUGCACGAAGUAGCAAAAAAAAGGACCAAUUCCCUUGGAAAUGAUCAAAUCAUGCCACAACACGGAUCGAACCAUGUCCCAUGUGAUGAGUAAAAAAAGUGGAAUAAGAGAAACCCGUCGAGAACUUUGCAAAUUUUUCCAAUGCCACACUCCAAGGAGACAAAUUGUCAAUUGAAGAAGGUUCUCCCUAACAGAACUUUUCGCGAUAAGUUGAAUCACUUCAUGGAACAAAAUACUAUCAGACAACAAUUGGGCACCAGAAAAGUGUACGCUCAGCCUACAGACUUCCACUUUCCCGCUUUGGUGUACUUGGCUCGAAUACGACAGCAAAAUUCUCGUCACGAUUGUGCACCAGUUUCCUAUACGCUGCUGCUGCUGCUGCUGCUUCUGCCACUGCGAACGAAGCGGAAGUCACAGCAGAAGAAUGAGAACUCCGAUCAUGUCACUCGACGCAAGCUCGACACUGCGAUAAAGUGUACUCCCGAUACCCAACCCCCGCCCGUGGUUUAUGUGCGCCCGUUAGACAUAACAAUAACAUUUAAAGGAAUCCUAUGCUGUUGUGGGUGUACCGAUGGUCGUAAAUGUAAAAGUAACAGCCCAUCCCGCGAGACGACUGCUGACUGCUCUAGAAGCGAGCAGUCCCCUAGAGAUGACGCGCUCUAUCACCCACAAACCCUACUGGCUGACUAACAGCGGGGCUGACCACAUUCCUUCAAGAUUCCACAGAGUGACAGUUUUAUAGGAAUUUCUCGCAUUCUGCUCCUCUCUUUGCAGGAUCGGCCCCCGAACAUAGACCGGACUGUAUUGAAGGGUUUAAACAUGGCACACGCAAUGAAGUCCACAAGCAGGCAAACGAUCUACACCAUGCUGCAAAUGUAAAAACAAGGCGUGAUCGACGGCACGUGGAAGGAGUUAAUUAAUGGCCUUGUGGGGAUGACACGUCAAUGAGCCACAACUGAGCGAACGCCCAACGGAAUGCAAACACAGUUAGAGCUGCUUACAAAGUACUGAUUUGAUUAGUUGUAAUCACCACAUCCGUCUUUCGACCGAUUUGUCUUUUCCUGCUUACUGCCGGUAGCAUUCGAUAUCCUUCGACAGCAAUCAGAAAAAGACGCCUCGGUUGGGAAGCAUCCGGCAACGAUCCGAAAUGAAAGAAAGCGCACAAUAUUUUAGC